AUUGGACGUUGUUCAGUGAGAAAUGCCUCCAGUGACGCCGUCGAGUACCGCAGAGCGAGGGUUGACCGAAGCAUCGAUCAAGCGCAACCCAUCCAAUUUCAAAGAAAUCGAAGCGAAGAGGCCUGAGUGGGACAGGGACACGAAAUUCAGGCUCACAAAAUGCCCCGAUCCAGACUGGACUUUCGGAAAGGGGGAAAGAAAGAAGAGCAAGAGUUCGGACGAACGCAUGGUCGAAAUUGAUCCUCAUGAAUGUGGACGGUCUGACGUCUUCAACUACAAACUACUGAUAUCCGGGUUCUCACCUCGACCCAUCUCCUUGCUGAGUACAAAAUCACUAGACGGAACAUGCACAAAUCUUGCACCUUUCAGCUAUUCGCAGCUCGUCAAUCACGAUCCACCCAUUUUCGUCAUUGGAUUCAGCUGUGGCCUGCAGAAUGCAAAGGACAGCUUGAAAAACUUGGUCGAGAGCAAGGAAUGCGUCAUCAACAUGGUCUCCGAGCACUUUGUAGAGGCCGCAAACGCAACUUCCAUCAAUGCCGCCUACGGCGAAUCCGAAUGGCCGAUAUCAGGCUUGACACCUGUACCUUGCUCGACAGUAAAAGCGGACCGCGUAGGAGAAGCGGUUUUCUCCAUUGAAGGUAAGCUCUUGAGCACUCAAGAAUUCCCAAGCAGAGCAUUCCCGGGUCAAGUUGGGGGCACCCUUGCCAUAAUCGAGGGAACAAGGUUCUGGGUCAGGGGUGAUGCACUCAACAAAGAGCAAAGCAUGAUUGAUUUCUCGGUCCUCGCUCCCGUCAGUCGACUUGGAGGAAACAUGUAUGGGAGGACUACCACAGCUUUUGAGAUAUUGCGACCUAAUAGAGUAUAAUCCACUCAUAAGAGAGAAGAGUGUCAACAGUGCUGUAAUUCAGGCUCUCUUGACAAGGAAUCAGACGUGAUCACAUGAAGCGGCUGUAAUCUCAUACUUGGUCGCGGCUUGAACUGCCAUUAGGAAUCCUUUCGAUAUCACGUGCGCGACAAGGCUACCCCAAGUUAGGGCUUCGCGGCGCAUCCUAU